AAGACCAUCCAGGUCAUCGCCCUGGUGUGCCACCUGGUGGGCGAGCUGGGCGAGCGGCGCCCCGCCCUCAUCGCCGUCCCGUCCUCCGUGCUGCCCAACUGGGAGGCGGAGCUGGCGCGGUGGGCCCCGGGCCUGGGGGUGGUGGCAUACAAGGGCUCCGCGCAGGCGCGGGAGGAGGUGUGGGAGCGGCGGAUGCGGCGGGGGCGGGGCGGCGGGGCCGGGCCGGGCACACACGUGGUGCUCACCACCUACGACUUCCUCAUGUCCAAGGCCGACAAGCCCCGCCUGUCCCGCGUGUCCUGGAGCUACCUGGUGGUCGACGAGGGGCACCGCCUGAAGAAUGCCGACUGCAAGCUCAACGCCGAGCUGCGCUCCUACUCCACGCAGCACCGCCUGCUGCUGACGGGCACCCCUCUCCAGAACAGGCUGGAGGAGCUGUGGAGCCUGCUCAACUUCUUCAUGCCCUCCCUCUUCAACUCCGGGGAAGACUUCCAGCACCCACUCUUCUUCUCCUCCCAGCUGUCUGCGUGUGUUUCGUGGUCGCAGGUGCUGCGCCCCUUCAUGCUGCGCCGCCUCAAAGAGUCUGUGGCCUCGGAGCUGCCUCAGAAGGUGGAGCACCUGGUGCCAGUGCUGCCCAGCCCCUACCAGCAGGCCCUGUUCCGGCUGAUGCAGCGGGAGAUGCAGGGCACGGGCAGGGGCGGGCUCAAGGGCGUCAACAAUGUGCUGAUGGAGAUGAGGAACAUCUGCAACCACCCGCUCAUCAGCGAGGCGGCGCUGCCGCCGCACAGCCUGCCUGCCGAGGUGCGGCUGUGCGGCAAGCUGGAGCUGCUGGAUCGCAUGCUGGUGAAGCUCAGGGCAGGUGGGCACAAGGUACUGCUGUUUAGUACCAUGACUCGCGCCCUGGAUGUGGUGAGCGACUACCUCGGCUGGCGCGGCUUCCGCCACCUGCGCCUGGACGGCGGCACCGCCGCCGGCAAGCGCGGCGAGCUGGUGGAGCGGUUCAACGACCCGGGCGGCGGCGUGUUUGUCUUCCUGCUCAGCAUCCGCGCCGGCGGUGUGGGCCUCAACCUGCAGGGUGCCGACACAGUCAUCAUGUAUGACACGGACUGGAACCCCCAGAUG